GUUCCCGGCCCACACAGUCCUCCAGACUGACAGUUUACACACUUUGCAAAGACAAAGGCCAGAGGAGGAGGAGCAGGAGGAGGAAGAAGAAGGGGGAGCUGAUCCCGACCCCCCACUUCCCGCAGCUGCCCCCUCCCGCGGCUAGGGUGGCAGGACUUUCUUUGGCCUGGUGAGGAAGAAGAGGAGUUUGCCUGGGACGGAACUUGGUUGCAAGAUGCUUGUAGAGGGUGAGGAGUGUGGCCUCCGUGGUCUAAAGAAGACUAAAGGUGCGCCUUCCGUGCGCUGAGGUGACCGGCAAAAUCUCCAAGACUUCACAGGCACUCAACCCUGCUGGCUGGAGCCCAGGACUCAGAAGGCACUAAUGACCUGCAGCAAUGAAAUAUUUCUUUGAAAUCUAAAGGAGAGAUUCAGAGAUUCAGAGAGAGGAAGAUCUGUUCCUUUAUUCCAGGCUGAACUCCUUUGGUGAUAUUUCCACUUAUAUGGGAAGCAGCGGGUGACACCGAUAUUAAUUACCUCUCAAUCUGUUGGAAUGAGGAAAGGAAACCACGGUUAUUACUUUUGAUUAAAGCCUCGGUGAGAGAAAUUAGCCACUGUUCACGGAGAGCUGAUGAAAUAGAUUCCGAAAAGUUUUCUUUUUUUUCUGGAGCGAAUUAAAAUAUCCAAAAAGGACAAGAAACACUGACCGUAGUACGAUUGGCCUCUUUGUGGAAACGCAUGGCGUUCCAUGGGAGGAAGUAGCAUGGAGCCGGUGGUCAGCUAGAAAUUCCUUCUACCUUGGUCUCCUGUCUGGGAAUAGACUCCCACGUCCCAGGAACUGCCCCUGUUCCAGCUGGAUUUGGGAGAGGAAGAUGGCGGCAAUGCGGAAGAGGAGCAUGAAGCUCUUUACUUUCCUCGUUUUGUUGGCCUUCAUCACGCCCUUGUUGGUGAACUUGGCCAACCAGGCUGGCGUGGCCCCUUGGGGCUCCAGGCAGUUCCUGCUCCAUCUCUCAGAACACGUGAAGAAACUCGUGAGGUUCCCCCUCAGUUCCUGCGGCUGUAGGCGCUGCAUCUCCGAGCCCAAGCUCUCGCCUUGGUUCGACGCGCGGUUCAAUCAGACGGUCCAACCUCUGCUGACCCCCCAGAACACGCUCGUCCCCGAGGACACGUACAAGUGGUGGCUGAAUCUGCAGAGGGAGAAGGAGCCCCGGAGCCUGAACGAGACGCUCAGGGAGCUGUUUGCCACGAUCCCCGGGGACGCGGACCCCCUGCUGGGCAAGGGGGCACCGGCCUGCCGCCGCUGCGCAGUCGUGGGCAACUCGGGCAACCUGAAGCAGUCCCACUACGGGCCGGACAUCGACAGCCAUGACUUCGUGCUCAGAAUGAACCGGGCGCCCACAGUUGGGUUCGAGGCCGAUGUCGGGAGCAAAACCACUCACCACUUCAUGUAUCCCGAGAGCUUCACGGAGCUGGCGGCGAACGUCAGCAUGAUCCUGGUCCCCUUCAAAACCACUGACCUGCAGUGGGUGGUCAGCGCCAUCACCAAAGGGACCAUCAAUUUUACGUACGUCCCGGUUCCACGUAAAAUCAAAGUGAGCAAGGAAAAGAUCCUCAUCUAUCACCCGGUGUUCAUAAAGUACGUCUUCGACAGUUGGCUCCAAGGCCACGGCCGGUAUCCAUCCACUGGCAUCCUCUCGGUCAUAUUCUCCCUCCACAUGUGUGAUGAGGUGGAUCUCUACGGCUUCGGGGCUGACAGCAAAGGCAACUGGCAUCACUACUGGGAGAACAACCCGUCGGCAGGGGCCUUCCGAAAAACAGGUGUCCACGACGGGGACUUCGAGUCCAACAUCACGGCCAGCCUGGCGUCCGAAGACAAGAUACGCAUCUUCAAGGGGAGAUGACCCUUCCCCCCCGGGAGUCCGCACGGUGGUGGCGGGAAGAAGGGUAUCGGGAUGUCCAGGUGCCAGCCUGAUCUAUGGGGCCGGAUUUAGGACCUUUUCCUGGGAUCUCGUUGGGCAGAGGCGAUGUUUGCCAUCCACUCCUGGCUAGACUGGAUUUGGGACUCCUGACCCCGGGACAGGGGGCAGGGAGAAAAGUGAUGCCUGAGGGAGAGGGAUCUGGGCUCCAUCGGAGCUGGGUGGAUGGAGGUGGGGGUGGAAGAGGAGAAGGCCAGGAGGAGCUGAAUCCGAAAACACUACCAGAUGCCUGGCUGUAGGAAUUGCAAAUCCUAUUGCUUCCCCCUCGGUGUUGGCCUCUCUAGAGGUGGGUAGCCAGCCCAGCGGGAGGACUAGCCCCAGAACCCAAACUAGCCAGCAUGGACCGCAUUUUCUCCCUCUUCGUUGAAGGAGGGCUACCUCAGUACCGUAUGGGGCGGGCCAGAAGUCUGGAAAUGUGUCCGCUUUCUCAGUGUCCAAGAGAUUGAAGACACCUCGGGUCUGUCCUGGUCCACUCAGGAUGUUCCCUCUGUGCUGGGCGGGGUCCAUGAGGGUCUCUGCGCCCUGCACGCAGCCCCCUACCACGCGAGGAAGGAAAAGACCCCCAGUCAUCUGUCCAUAAGGGUGCCAUCUACUCAGUUCUGAACCAUGGUGACCAUCCAUUUUCCAGCCAGCCUGUCCCCUGUCUGGUGUGGAUUGGGCUCUGGAUGCCUUUUUGCCCGGUGCUUGUAUUUUCAGCACCCGGCCUUUCUCCGCCUCAGAUCCUGCCGCCUAGUCCCAUGGCUCGGAAGUGGUGCCCAUGUCCACGGGAAGCCAGGAGCAGGGCAGAGUGUCUCUGGAGAGCAGAGGAGGAGGAGGAAGUCAAGAGGCUCCGGGGGGCCUGCUCCAGGUUCUGCGGAUUUUCCCAAAAGAGUCUGUGUGAUGUAAUCCCAUUCCACUGCCCUGCCUGUGAGUGACCUCAGCCUGUUUGACUACUUGGGUCAGCAAGGGGGUGUCUGGUGGCAUCUCAGAUCCAGGUUUUGCAGGUAGCAGAAGGGUUGAGGGAUGGAUUGGGACAGACCUGGGGGUCACCUCCAGCCCUCGGGACCACACUCCUCCUCCUUGACACAGCUGGGGGUUCGGGGCUGCCCUCAUUAAACCAGCCCCCACUGAACGGCUGGGUUUCUGGUACCCAGGUGAGCAGAUCUCAUGGUGACCUUGUGCCUUUAGAACUGUGAUGCUGACAUGAUUUUUCAAAAUGGGACGAGAACCUGUUCUCAGCAGCAACCCAGAUGCCCUUCCUCACUUCCAGGAAUCGUCCUCCCCUCCUUAGCGCUGCUUUCCUGAACAAUUCAACGAGCUUUUAGGGUGGGGUCUCCCUCAGCCUCAUCGAUGUUUUAUUUGAGCAUCCAAGGGCCAACCCCUCCCUUUAAUAGGGGAAAAAGCAUCCACUUGGGGGAAACUGAGGCACAGCACCAUUCAGCCAGAAGCCAACCCCCCCACCCAAGCCCUUCUGACUCUCAGCUCCGCCCACUCAACCCAGUCUGCCCAGUGAGGGGCCGCCUCCCCACACCUUCGGCAGCUUUCUAGGAACUGCAGGAGAGGAAAUUAAACUUUAGUUACUAAAAGAGAUUUUUAAUCAUUUUUAAGCCAACUUCUAAAUUUGAGGGGGAAAAAAGGAUAUUAUUUUAACAAUCUUAGAAAAUAGAAAUCACCAGAAUGGCCGGGGACGUGUGGAAUAUGCCCGGUAUAGACAGGGUGGGCCUGGUCUGAAGAAGAGGCUAUCCACAAUCUCAUCCAAACCGGGCUGGGCUUAUUGGCACCCCAACCUCUGACCUGCCCGAAAGUGGGGGCUGCCUUUCCCCACCCCUUAACUGCCCUCUCCCUACCAGGUCGGAGGGCACAAACUGACACGGGACUCUCAGAGCAUCGCAAAAAAGUCUUACCUCAUGUUUCCUCUUUGCUGCUUGUAUCUUCCCGAGGGGUUCCCGACCGGGGCCUCUUCUCUGUUAUUUAUUGACGACAGAAAAUUAAAAUGCAGAUUUGGAUCUUUCA